AUGAUAAAUCACCAAGAUUAAGCUUCAUUUGAUGAUAGUCGAUUAUAAUAGGAAAUGAAGUAAACAGCUUAAUUUUUUAAUCCACAAUUAAGCUCAUUGGGACAAUCCAUUAAAUUUUAAUAAAAACAAAUAUAAAGAGUGCCCUUCAAAUCACCUAAAGAAUAGGCAUUCAAGAUUAGUUCAGAAGGCAAAAAGAAUUUGUAACCUCAAAUAAAUAUUGAAAAGAGACCAUCUCAAACUUUGAAAAAAGUCACGCUGGCUAAAUCUACUAAAUAGUUUGCAUAAAAUAAUCAUAUCACUCCUGUCAUGCAUAAGUUUGGCUCCCCUCCUAAAUUAAAUAAAGUUCCUUCGGUUAAACCAUUCUCGCCACCCCAGCCCAAAACAAACAAUGAAUAAAUUAAUAUACUCCAGAAUAACUCUGUGGCCCCUGGCUUCCAAAGAAACGCCAAUAUCAAGUUUGGCUAGCCUCUCAAAAUUUCAGACAACGAAUUCAACAUCAGUAUGGCUGACUUAUAACCUGUUCGAAAACUCAUACCUACCAAAUAAAAUGAAGAUUUUAUUUAACCAGAAUAUCCAUCCUAUCAAAAAUCAUUGUUAGAUAGCAGACAAUCUCAAUACAAUAGUGAAUAAAUGCAAAAGUCUAAUUCAACUGCGUUUUUACCCCGAAUUAAUUAAACAAAGAAAAUAUACAACAAUCAACUAAUUGGGUAUGGUUCCAUUGGACAAUAAUCCCAAUAAGAAACAGCUCUGAGAACAAAUUCCUCGAAAUAGACUAUUACUCCUGUCAAUGAAUUUAUUAGUUUCAAUCUACCAAAUGAUGAUGUGGCAAGAAAAUCAAGAACUGCUUAAGAGCAUCUAAGAGACUCUCUUGAAUCUCAAAAUCAAAUGAAAUAAGCAUACAAAAUAAUUGGUAUGGAUAAGCCCGAUCAAUUCAAUCAGUUACCGUAAAUCUAAUCCCCUCAAGCAAGUACUAAAUAGCAAUUUGCCUUUUAAUCAACUGGAGGUUCAUAGAAACCAAAGAAUUUUCUGCAAAGAACUCCCUAAACGAAGAUAAUUAGUAGAUUAUUUUCAUCGAAAUCAGACAAUAACUAAAUAAUUUGA